CCGCCUGGGCAUCGCUGGGGCCGGAGCAGCCCGUGUUCACCUCCCUUCCUGCUCGCGGCUCCGGGUGCUGCUGGCGGGCGCAGGGCCCAGCCGUGAGGGGCAAGCGGGCAGCGUUGGCGCCAUGUGGGCUGGCUGUGCCCGCGUCCUGGGCUGGCUCCUGCUGAUCCAGGCGGUGGCAGGCAGCAGUCCCUGCAGUCCCAAGUACUUUGGAAAGGACUUCAUGGUGUGUGAGUGCAAUGCCACCUACUGCGACACGUUGGACCCUGUCACUCUCCCACCCGUGGGUACUUUUGUCAAGUAUGAGAGCAGCAAGGCUGGCAAGCGACUGGAGCGCAGCGAGGGCAAGGUGCAGAGGAACCUCUGGGCCCCAGGUCUCGUCUUGACCCUGGACACGGUGCAGCGGUACCAGAAGGUGAAGGGCUUCGGCGGCUCUGUCACGGACUCAGCCGCAAUCAAUAUCCUGUCCCUGUCCCCAAAGGUCCAGGACAGCCUGCUGCGGUCCUACUUCUCCGAGGAAGGCAUUGAGUACAACCUCAUCCGCAUGCCCAUGGCCAGCUGCGACUUCUCCGUCCACCCCUACACGUACGACGAUGUCCCAUACGACUAUGAUCUCGUGCACUUCCAUCUGACACAUGAGGAUACAAAGCUGAAAAUCCCAGUGGUGCAGCGGGCAAAGGCCAUGUCCAAGCGGCCGAUCUCACUGUACGCCAGCCCCUGGACCUCCCCGACCUGGAUGAAGACCAAUGGAGACGUGAAGGGGAAGGGCAGUCUGAAGGGCAGUGCAGGUGACAAGUACCACAAGACCUGGGCCAACUACUUCGUCAGGUUCCUGGACGAAUACGCCAAGCACAACCUGACAUUCUGGGCGGUGACGGCGGAGAACGAGCCCACGGCCGGACUGAUCAGAAACUACCCCUUCCAGUGCCUGGGCUUCACCCCCGAGCAGCAGCGGGACUUCAUCGCCCUCGACCUAGGCCCAGCGCUGGCCAACAGCUCGCACAAGGGCAUCCAGCUCAUCAUGCUCGAUGACAACCGCAUCCAUCUCCCUCACUGGGCCAAAGUGGUGCUGGGGGAUGAGCGGGCUGCUCGCUACAUUAAUGGCAUUGGCAUCCAUUGGUACCUGGACUUCCUGGCACCCAUUGAGGACACUGUGCUAGCUACCCACCGCCUCUUCCCUGACUACUACAUCUUGGCCACUGAAGCCUGCGUUGGCUCCAAGUUCUGGGAGAGAAGUGUCUUUCUGGGCUGCUGGGACCGGGGGAACAUGUACAGCCACAGCAUCCUGACAAACCUGAACAAUUACGUCACGGGCUGGACCGACUGGAACCUGGCGCUGGACCUGGAGGGUGGCCCCAACUGGGUCAAGAACUUCGUGGACAGCCCCAUCAUAGUCGACAGCCAAGAAAACAUCUUCUACAAGCAGCCCAUGUUCUACCACAUGGGGCACUUCAGCAAGUUCAUCCCUGAGGGCUCACAGCGCGUGGGGCUUGUUGCCUCCAGGUCAUGCAAGUGCAACCUGGAGUAUACGGCCUUCCUGCGCCCUGACGGCGCCGCCGUUGUCGUGAUCCUGAACAGGUCGCUGAGCAGUGUGGAUUUCAGGCUGGUGGACAAUGGCCAUGUCAUCAACGCCACAUCUCCGGCUCAGUCUAUCCAGACCUACCUGUGGAGGCGGAGGUGACUGGGUCUGAGAGCCCGGCGAGAGAAGGCCUUGACCAGCAGCAUCCAUAAGCUUCCCUGUGUGGCAAGAAGAGGAUCUGGCCACUGCUGAUGGCACCAGGGGGGUUGCAUGGCAGGUGCAGGUGCCUCCCCCAGAGUGGGUCCCUGGCCCCUUGGUUGCCCUAGACAAACCCAGGGAGCGGUCGCCCUUGUGACCAGGAGCCCUGCUGGCUCAUUGGGCUUGGACACAUGGGGGCAUCAGGAUGCCGGCACCCAGCACAGGUGCCUUUGACUACUGUUUAAAUGGAAAUAAACAUGCUAACGAAG